AGAAAAAGGAGAAGGAGAAGAAGAAGAAGAAGAAGGCUGCUCUGCCGCCAUCUAUCGGCCGGUGUCAGUACCUGCUGAGUGGUUCAGUUGCAGCUGAGUUAGCUUCACUGUUCACAUCAACACCUUACCUGCUCCUGUGAAACAGCCCAAAAUGAACCGUCAGAACAAUGUUCCGUUCAAACCUGCGGUGAUACCCAGAGGUGCAGCUCCAGUAUACAGACAGCAGCAGCCUGCCAGUAUCGCGUUUUCUGUCAACCAUGUACCCCGAGGCUUCAGGGAAGCAAUGCAACACAUCUCAAUGAUGACAGCAGACAAGUCAAAGCCAUCUGACACGGCUGCGAAGACCGCAUCAGCCCCAAAAGUGCAAACCCCUGUUAAAUGGAAGUCCUCCUUCAAACCAUUAGGAGAUGAAGACGACGACUCACAGGAACAAAGCACAAGCAGUCCACACAGGUCGGAGCUUUCUGCUCACGAUCUAGUCUCGUCAGAGUCUGUGCAAGAGAUGGCACAGAACCUUGUCCAGAACUGCGACACACCCGAACAAGAUAACAAGCUGGGACGCACUCAUUUAUCUCCAAGUAAAGGCUGCUUGAACAAAGGCCGCUGGGACGUACCCUACUCUGAGCGGGGGAGCCAACCCUUCAACAGGCAUGACAUAAGGCAUGACAUUAGUCCUGACACCAGACCUGCUGAGAGCCAAGGUUUCAGUCCAGGGAACAGACUACCUGAACAGCGGGCUUAUAGCCCAGACACUGAAUCGCUUGACCAACUACGUUAUAACCCCAUAAGCAGACCUCUGGACCACAGGGUCUGCAGCCCUGACAGGUUUAUUCAUGGCCCCUCCUCUCACAAGUUUCCUGCAUCUUAUGGGGCACAGAGGACCAACGGGGAGGAGAGGAUAACUAUCCCAGAAUACAGAAGAGAGGUGUCACCAACAAGAUUGAAAGUACAACAGAUGACCACUCCAGGUAGAUCAUCUCCACCCAGGUUACAGCGGGACUAUCAACAUCAGUUGGGAUAUCGGGAAACAGGACUGGACCAAAUAUCACCUUCCACUGAGGCGACAAAAAACAAAAAUAUAAUAAUGGACAAGAGCCCCAUCGUCUGUGACCUUUGUGAUGUUGAGUUAUCCAAUGGUCAGGAGCUGCAGCAUCACCUGGAGGGAAAGACUCACUGGGACACCCUGGAGCACAUCCAACAGCAGAAUAAUUAUGAUGAUCUGGCCAUAGCCUUCCUACAGGAGGUCAUGCUGUAUAAAAGCCGUCAGUGUAGCCGAGCCAUAGAGGACGGUGUUCUUCAAGCUCUUCAGGAAAAUGACUACAUGACAAAGAUUGAAAUUUUCCACUGCGCGGCUUGUGGUGUCUUCGUAUCCACAUCUGCAUCCUCAGUGCACACUCACAUUACGUCUCGGGAACACCUCUCCAACACAAAGGAGUUUGAAGUGCAGCAGAGACGUGCCUGCCUCAACAAAGCAGAAACCAUGAUGAAGGAGCUGAAACCUCAGUUUGAACACUUCCUGCAGGGUGGCAGCCCGUUUGAAUGAUGGGAAUCACCGCAGGUCUCGAACCUAGUGCUAACACGGAGAUGCUGUUUGCUUCAAAUGAAAAACUGUAGACUUGAAACACAACCAUACAGGAUUUGUUUGAAUAAAGAGAGGAAAUCCAUCUUGAUUCAA